AACUCACUAAUGUACAUGUCCCGUCUUUUUACAGACCUCUCUGGAGGCAAAAUUCGUGUGGAAAGCCUGAGAAUUUCUGAUAAAAAAGCAGAAAAACUGAAUAUGAAGAGUUACACCAUGGAUGUAAUCAACAAUUUUAGAGGUCGGAUUGGUUGGCCAUUUGAGCUCUCUGGAGGCCAAAGUCAUGUGGAGUUUCCACGGUUAAGUGCUUGGACGAGCAUUAUUAAAUGCAUGAAUCACUGGACCUGGGGCAGGAAUUAUAACUUCCUCCACGACAUGACAGGUGAAGCAGUGCCCUCCACUCUUCAGGAAACUGAGACGAGAGACUAUGAAGAUGCCGGACUGUUGCUGAACUCACCCUACUUCUCAGUGCUGAGAAAAGAGAGAGACAUCGACCUCAUCAUUUCACUGGAUUUCAGUGAGGGUGAUCCUUUCAUGACAGUGAAGGAAGCUGCCAAGAUGUGCAAGGAACUAAACAUCCCUUUCCCUGAGGUCAACAUUCCCAGUGAGGACUUACAGAAACCGAAGGACUUCUAUGUGUUCAAAGGCAAAAACACUCCAACUGUGAUCCACAUCCCUCUCUUUAAUAUGGUCAACUGUGGAGAUAAAAUUGAGGCCAAGAGGAAAAGUUAUAAGACCUUUCAAGGUCCUUACAGCGCUGAGAUGAUCACUGAUCUCAUGGAGGUCGCUGGAAAAAACAUCACAAACAACAGAGGAAAACUGGUGGAGCAGAUCCGUGCGGCCGUUGGGCAAAAAGGAUCCAGGCGUUAAUGUUUAAAAUCUGAAUAUAGACUAAACUGAUUUGCAUAUCAGCAGUGUUGGGGGAAACGCAUUAUAAGUAACAUGAGUUAUGUAAUCAGAUUACUUUUUUUCAAGUAACUAGUAAAGUAAUGCAUUACUUUUAAAUGUGCAUUGUAAUAUCUGAGUUACUUUUUCAAAUAAGUAGCACAAGUUACUUUGUUAUUUAUUAUUUAUUAUUAUUAUUUAUUAUUAUUAUAUACGCCUCUCCUGUCGCCAUGUUGAGAGGAUGUGUGGAACGUAACACAUUACUUUCCUUAAAAAGUAACUAAGUAAUGCAAUAGUGACUUUUUAUGGCGGUAAUGCGUUCAUUUCCAAAGUAACUUUCCCCAACACUGCAUAUCAGUCAUUUUAAUUUAUUUUUAAUUUAUUUCAGUCAGUUUAAUUUAUUUUUCUGUCAGCAUUUUUUUUCUUCUGCAAAAUGCUUUUUUUCCUGCUAAUUCUGUUUAAUAUGUUUCUGCAUGUUUCAAUGUUUCAUCAUUAUGCCAGCUGAUUAUAAUAAAACAGAGUUUUGGUCCUGAAUGCUGACUGGUCAAUUC